GGGCGACGAGGGCGGGCGCCCCGGGCAGCGGCGGAGGCGGCUGCCGCCGUUGGAGAGCGACCGUCCCCUUCCCGCCCGCGUCCCGCCGUCUUCCCGGCUCCGCCGAGAGAGCGGCCCAUCGCCGCCUGGUGUUCUGAGGCCAAGGUCCCCGAGAGGGGCGGCUUGGCCCAGAAAGGGAAGGUCGGGCGCGUCCAGUGGGGUAAUGGAGGCUGCGCUCGUCUCCCUUCAAACAGCCCCGCGAAAGCGGAAGGGGCCUCGGGUGCCUCAGGGUUGCGGAAGCGGGAACCUUGUCGCCCACUUGGCAGAGGUUGCGGCCCGGCCUCAGCGGAAGGGACCGCCCGGCUCGGAACCGAACCCGGCCGGGUCUGCAAGUGGCCGCCUCUCUGCUGACCCGCUUCCAGCCUCGGGGCCCAACCCCUGUGGUUUGGGGCCAAGGCUCUCUCCUUGCCAGCCUCCCCGCCCUUCGUUUUUAAAAAGUUCAUGAUGAGCUGGAACCAGCAGGAAGUUUUUCAUGUAGAGUCAUAGUACACGUGGAUCUGGAUUGCUUUUAUGCACAAGUAGAAAUGAUCUCCAAUCCAGAACUAAAGGACAAACCUUUAGGGGUUCAGCAGAAAUAUUUGGUGGUUACCUGCAACUAUGAAGCUAGGAAACUUGGAGUUAAGAAACUUAUGAGUGUCAGAGAUGCAAAAGAAAAGUGUCCACAGCUAGUAUUAGUUAAUGGAGAAGACCUGACUCGCUACAGAGAGAUGUCAUACAAGGUUACAGAGUUGUUGGAAGAAUUUAGUCCAGUUGUUGAGAGACUUGGGUUUGAUGAAAAUUUUGUGGAUCUAACAGAAGUGGUUGAGAAGAGACUUGAGCAGCUUCAAAGUGAUGAGCUCUCAGCACUGACUGUGUCAGGUCAUGUAUACAAUAAUCAACCUGUAAACCCACAUGACACGUUGCACAUCAGACUCCUCGUUGGAUCUCAGAUUGCGGCCGAGAUGCGGGAAGCCAUGUACCAACAGCUGGGUCUCACUGGCUGUGCUGGAGUGGCAUCUAAUAAAUUAUUGGCAAAAUUAGUUUCUGGUGUCUUUAAACCAAAUCAACAAACAGUCUUACUACCUGAAAGUUCUCAAGAUCUCAUUCAUAGUUUGAACCACAUAAAGGAAAUGCCUGGUAUUGGCUAUAAAACGACCAAACGUCUGGAAGCACUGGGUAUCAGUAGUGUGCGUGAUCUUCAGACCUUUUCAUCCAAAAUAUUAGAAAAGGAAUUAGGAAUUUCAGUUGCUCAGCGUAUCCAGAAGCUCAGUUUUGGAGAGGAUGACUCUCCUGUGACUCCCUCAGGACCACCUCAGUCCUUUAGUGAGGAAGAUUCGUUUAAAAAAUGUUCAUCAGAAGUUGAAGCUAAAACCAAGAUUGAAGAACUACUUGCUAGUCUUUUGAACAGAGUCUGCCAAGAUGGAAGGAAGCCACAUACAAUAAGAUUAAUAAUCCGUCGGUAUUCAUCUGAGAAGCACUAUAACCGUGAGAGUCGUCAGUGCCCAAUUCCAUCCCACAUAAUUCAGAAGUUAGGAGCAGGAAAUUAUGAUGUGAUGACCCCAAUGGUUGAUAUCCUUAUGAAACUUUUUCGAAAUAUGGUGAAUGUGAAGAUGCCAUUUCAUCUUACCCUACUAAGUGUGUGCUUCUGCAACCUUAAAUCCCUAAAUACUGCUAAGAAAGGGACUAUGGAUUAUUACUUAACACCUUCAUUAUCAACAACUUCACACGCUGGAAAGCGCAGUUUUAAAAUGAAAGACUGUCAUAUGGAGGAUUUUUCUAAAGACAAGGAAACAAAUCGGGAUUUUCUACCAACUGGAAGGAUUGAAAGUACAAGAACUGGGGAGUCUCCACCAGAUCCCAUAAAUUCUUCUAAAGAAAAAGACAGUAGUGAAUUUCCCCUCUCCUUACUUCCCGAGGAUAUUGACCAAGAAGUCUUCAAGCAGCUUCCUGUAGAUAUUCAAGAAGAAAUCCUUUCUGGAAAAUCUCGAGAAAAAGUUGAAGGAAAAGGAAGUUUGAGUUGUCCAUUACAUGCUUCUAGAGGAGUAUUGUCUUUCUUUUCUACGAAACAAAAGCAGGAUAGUUCCUUAAAUCCUAAAGAUCAUGUACCCAAAAGCAAACAGGUCUCCUCUGUAUCUCCCUGUGAACCAGGAACAUCACGUGGGAGCAGUUCCUCGUAUGUGUCUAGCCAAAAAGAGUAUUCACAUUAUUUAGACAGUAGCUUAAAAGAUGAACGAAUGAGUCAAGGACCUAAAGAAUCUCAAGGAUUCCACUUUUCAAAUACAAACCCUGCUGUAUCUGUUUUCCAUUCAUUUCCAAAUUUGCAAAGUGAGCAAUUUUUCUCUAAAAACCGCACCACAGACAGCCAUAAGCAACCAGUGGCAACAGUCUCACGUCAUGAAGGACUUAAAGAAAAUAGAGAGCAAGAGUCUCCCGAUGAGAAAAUUACUUUUCCUUCUGACAUUGAUCCUGAAGUUUUCUAUGAACUGCCUGAAGAGGUACAAAAAGAACUGUUGGCUGAUUGGAAGAGAACGGGAUCAGAUUUCCACACUGUACAUAAAUGAGCAUGCUCCAAAAAAGGGAAAGACCAUUGUUCCCAGAUAAACAGUUUAUUAAGCUCUUCUAAAUUAAACACUAAUACUUUCAAUAAUGUAGAAACGUAAUAUGAAAUGUUCCAGAUAAAGCAAACAUAGUUAUGGGAAGAAAUUCUGGCAUAAAUCAUAAAAAUAUAACAGAAAUAAUGUAAAAUAUUACCUUCCUCUCAUUCCUAACAUGUUUUAUAUUGCUUUUCAAUAAAAAGAAUAUCAUGAUCA